GGAGUUUCUCAGUUGUGGUCGUGGGUUGUGGUCGUGUGUUGUCGCUCGUGAAGGGGGUGGGGCGGAGCCGCGGACAUUUUUAUUGGACUUGCAAUUAUCCGCGUCUUAGGCCAAAACCUUUAAAAUUAAGUACAUAGUUAAAGCCUCAAUUCAAUUAACUACGUGCCACUGUGACCAUCAAUAUGGAGCUACCUCUUUUGUGUUUGCCACAACCAAUUUGGAGGUUGCGGCCUUAGUGCACCUUAUUACAUGCUGGAAAUGAGGAAAUGCUCGCUGGUUUGAACAACAGAAUCAGAAUCAAGAUUUCAGGAACGCAGCAAGAGUAAGAUGUCUUUACUAAGGGAAAAUGUGCAGCACGUCUUCGAUUGUUUCUGCGAUGUCCCGAUGCCUCCUGCGUUCGCGAAUCGUAUGAACGCGGACGACAUCAGGCUCAAGUUUCCCAACACCUUUGUCGAGAGGAACACCCUGAAUAUGGUGCCCAAGUUCGCCUAUCCUUGCGUGGUAGAAAGCACGGCCGUGGAGCACUUUUCGUUUGUGCUGCGGCGCGAGGACAAGUGGCUGUUUGGGUUCUGCCGACGCUCUCCGACGGAAAGUUCGACUCUGGUGCUCCUCAGUGCACUGCCCUGGCACGAUCUCAUGUACAAGCUGCUAGACAAGCUGCACGAGGUGCUGUCCGACGGCGGGGAGGUCCAGCUGCGCCGCUGUCUGAACGUCGUCUACAGGACGCCGGUGCCGGCCGGCGGCGAGACGCUGAGGUUCCCGCUGCCCGACGGCACGGACUUUGCUGUCGAGUGUCCCGACCGUCGCCGGCGGCCUGCCCUACUGGUGGACCGCAACCUAACCGAGUACUACGCAGUGCUGGACAACAACACCAAGCUGGAGCUGUUUGCGGCGCUGCUGCACGAGCGGCACGUACUCAUCACCUCUUCCCGACUGGGCCGCCUCAGCGCCUGUGUUCAUGUGAGUGACAGCGGCCGCAGGAGUCGGCUGCCGGACCGCGGGUGUCUGUCCGCCUGUCUGUCGGCCGCCGAUAGCACCGUGAGCUCCCGACUGAUUAUUCACCGUGAUAGAUACGGGCCAGACCGGCGCCCCACGGCCGCGGAUCGGUGUGUGAGCGUGCACUAAACGGGCUCACAGCGUGCAGUGGUGGCAGUCGGCUCCCGAUAUGGUAGCGGCCAGCGGGGUCCGCGGGCGGCCGGCCUGUUGAUACUGACGGACACGCCGCUGGACCGACUGACGCGCGCUAGCGGUCCGCACGUGCCGCGUGCGAGGGCGCGGGGAGGGGGGGAGAGGGGGGCUAUUGUCAGGACGCCCGAGGCGGCGGCACGUACCCGCACAUUGUGGCAGUUCCGCGAAUAGAGGGGCAUACCCGCCGAGCAAGGACACGAUGCAGGAUAUUCGCUUUAGAGACAGCUUUAUCGAACGUCUCCGGUGAAUAAUCGCCCAGGAACGCGCCACUGCACGACAUACUGCUGAUCUGGCUGGCUUUAAAUAGUUAUGUAGGAACUGUCGCUGUGCAACUCCGACCACUGAUAGCUUGGAAAUGCAACUUUGCCCGUCACGCGAGCUCCAUUCACCGGCGCUGCAGCAAUGCAUGUGGGCAUAAUUAGAUUACUACGUGUGAUUUAAUUGCAAUGGGAGCCAACACAUUUCCUGUUAUCGGCACGAAUGUUUUUCCCUCGCUCUGCCCUUCGUAUUCCUUCCCGUGCAGAUUUCCUUAUGUGUGUCGGUCGACCCCCAAGUGCCUUGACUAUGUCGGACGAAAACCGUUCACGUUUAGGCCGGUACAGCGUACACCAUCUCCGGAGACUUACGAUGACUUUUGACGACUGUGUUUGAUGUCACCGACCAUAUUUACAUAUUGCCUCCAAGAAA